AUGACAGAGGAGGCAUGCAGGACUCGGAGUCAGAAACGAGCCUUGGAGCGUGACGUGACGCCCAACGAUGUGGACAGUAAGAAGAUCAAGAUGGAGAAAGGACUCUUAGGCACAGAUCUCAACGCUGAAGGAGACAUGAAAAUCAAAGCAGAUCCUGGAGCUGGGAAAGUACAAGGGUUGUUAAAGAGUGGAGAGGUGAAGGCAACCAUUAAAGUGGAGGUUCAGACUGGGGAUGAGCCUGUGGACAUGAGCACCUCAAAAAGUGAGAUCAAGAGGGAGAAGAGGGUUCCCUCCCCAGAUGUCAUCGUGCUGUCGGACAACGAGCCCUCGAGCCCUCGCAUGAACGGCUUAACCAAACUGGCCCUGAAGGAGACCAACACUGAGGCUCUCAUGAAGAGCAGCCCAGAGGAGCGGGAGAGGAUGAUCAAACAGCUCAAGGAGGAGUUACGGUUAGAGGAAGCAAAACUUGUGCUAUUGAAAAAGCUACGACAGAGUCAAAUCCAGAAGGAGACCACAACUCAAAAGCCUGCAGGUUCCUCUGGGAGUGCUGUGGCCACGCCGCCGCCCUUGGUGCGCGGCGCGCAGAGCGUUCCUGCUGCCAAGGCGUCCCUGCAGACCUCCUCCACACGGAUCCCUGGCACUGUGAUCCCUCCUCCCCUGGUCCGGGGGGGCCAACAAGCUUCUUCCAAGCUGGGAACUCAGCAGAACACUCAGAUUGUGAUGCCUCCCCUGGUCCGAGGGGCUCAGCAAAUCCACACGAUCCGGCAGCAUUCCAGCACGGGACCUCCUCCUCUGCUGCUGGCGCCGCGUGCCACCGUGCCCAGCGUACAGAUCCAGGGCCAGAGGAUCAUCCAGCAGGGUCUCAUCCGCGUGGCCAACGUGCCCAGCACCAGUUUGCUUGUCAACAUCCCCCAGGCUUCCCCCACCUCGAUGAAGGGUGCCCCAGUGGGCUCAGGCCAGGCUGGUGCCUCGGGGGGCACUGCAGCCCUGGGCAGCUCUGGGGAGUCUCCUGCCAGCAGACAGGCAGCAGCCAAACUGGCCCUCAGGAAACAACUGGAGAAGACCCUGCUGGAGAUCCCUCCUCCCAAACCUCCUGCCCCAGAGAUGAACUUCCUGCCCAGUGCGGCCAAUAACGAAUUUAUUUACUUAGUUGGCUUGGAAGAAGUUGUGCAGAAUCUGCUGGAGACUCAAGCCUUUGUGUCCCCAGGUAAGGUGUCAGUGGCCAUGUCCUCCCGGGAGCCAUACAUGUGUGCCCAGUGCAAGACUGACUUCACCUGCCGCUGGAGGGAGGAGAAGAAUGGCACUAUAAUGUGUGAGACCUGCAUGACCUCCAACCAGAAGAAGGCCCUGAAGGCUGAGCACACCAACAGGCUCAAGGCUGCCUUCGUCAAGGCCCUGCAGCAGGAGCAGGAGAUCGAGCAGAGGAUCCUGCAGCAAACAGCCUCCCCUGGGCAGACCAAGGCAGAGCCCAUCGUGCAGCACCACUCACUCAAACAGAGCUCCAGCCAGCUGUCCCGGGGCUCGGGGACGCCGCGGGGAGUGCUCCAUGCCUUCGGCCAAGCCGCCAAGCUGACGAGCGCCGCGCUGGGCUCCAGGCCCGGCAAGCACAGCGACAGGGCUGGCUCCAAGGGCUCUGCUGCUGCCUGGAAGAAGAAUCCCAUCAACACAGGUGGAGCUCUGCCCUUCGUCAGCCCCAGCCUCGCUGUGCACAAGUCGUCGUCGGCCGUGGAUCGCCAGCGCGAGUACCUGCUGGACAUGAUCCCUCCCCGCUCCAUCCCACAGUCUGCCACGUGGAAAUAA